UAUUUUAUUUCAAUUCUCCAAAAAUCUUUUUUAACAGAUGACUAUCCAAACGAUAACAAUUUAAUUUUUCUAGAUGGUCAGAAUUUAACAAUAAUAAAUUAAUAAAAAGAAUAAAAAAUGCAAAACUUACGUACCUCCAGAAAGUUUCCAGUGUUUGUUUUUCCACAAAGCAUAACGUUUUUUUUAGAUGAUCAAUCAACUCAUAAACAAGUUUUAACACUAUAUAACCCAUAUGAAUUUCCUAUAAAAUUCAAAGUUUUAAGUACUGCUCCAAAUAAAUAUAAAGUAGUUGAUCCAGAAGGAACAAUAAAGUCAAGAUGUUGUGUGGAUAUUGUAGUAAGACACACAGCUCUAAUGAUGGCCAAUUGCAAUGUAGUUGAUAAAUUCCGAAUUCAAAUGCAAGAGCACCACACUAAACAGAUUAUAGGAAAAAAAGACAUUGAGGCUAAGCUUUUACUUGGAGCUGGUGAAUCUGGAAGAGGAACCCCUGACCCUGAUAUGUUUCAGCAGCUUCCAAUCAAUGAAAAUAAACAACAAAGGUCUUAUUCAUUACCACCACAAGUUAGAACAAUUGAUAGAGGAACAAAUUAUGUGGCACUCAUUGCUGGAAUUGUGUGUAUAAUUGGAUUACUUUUACCUACUGAAGGUGAUCGAGGUCAUCGGAUACCUGAAUAUCUUCAUCUUUCUGUUAAUUUUAAACUUAUAUUUUCAUUUGUACUAGGUUACAAUCGAGAUGCAAUUAAGAUAAACAAAAUAACAUGACAGGAUGUUCAGCUCCGUUUUGUACAAAUUCUUCAACUAAAGGAUAUUUGAUGAAAGUAUUUCCUCGGGAUCCACUACGUCGAGCAGAAUGGAUAAAAAAUGUAAAUUUACCGAAUUGGUUACCCAAAGAGAACAGUUGUUUAUGUGAGGUCCACUUUGCUCCAGAAAUGUGGGAACAAAAACGAGUUGACAAUAAACGAAAAUUAAAACCGAAUGCAGUACCUACUAUUUUUGGAUAUUAUAUUAAAAAAAAACCUGUGAUACCAAUGAGAACCAAUGAAGCCCAACAAACUCUAGUGAAUUCAGAAACUCUUUCUCAUGAAUCUAUUUCUUUUAAUACUGAGAAUAUUAAUCAAAACGAAAUUUUAGUGAAUGCUGGUUCAACUACUGAAGAUAUUAGGUUGUCUGUUACAGACUCCAAUUCUCAACUCGAUACUUUUAUAAUAUCUGAAGCAGAAAAAGAACAUUUGAAUGAACGUCUGUUGAAGUUCCUUAAUAAGCAGCAGAGAGAAGUAAUGAUAUUACGUAAAAAGUUAAAAUGUUGUAAAUACAAAGUACGAAUAUUGGAAGAAAGGCUUGGAAAAGAUAAGUACAGAAUGGCAUUAUGUCGUGUUUUCAAUGAAGAUCAGAUAAAAGCUUUAUUAUCCAAAAAAAUACCACGAGAGUGGUCUUACGAUACAGUUAAACGUGCUUUGGAAUUAAAAUCUAUUUGCGGUAAUAAUGGAUAUGCAGCUCUUAAAAAAAUGGGCAUUCCACUCCCUUCUACUCGUACAUUACAAAGAAUGUCAACAAAAAUUAAUAAUUUAUAAAACUACGUAAUUAUUUACAAUAUUAUGAGUCUAAAAAAGUUUUAUUAAUUUUAUGAACAAAACAGAAAUAAUGAUACAGUUGAUA